UUUGAUUUCCAUUUGUUGUCGUCGUGUUCCUUCUUCGUAGAUAGUGUUGUUUCCUCUGUGUCUAGAAAAAUUUAAGAUAAUUUGGCUCUGAAUUUAAUAUUGUUUAUUAAAAAUAAAUGUACAUAGACUUUUCAAAACUUGUUGUUACACUUAAGACAUUUAAAUCGUAAACAAAAUAAAAACGAAACUACGAAAUAUCAAGACAUUUGAUGUUGUUUUUGCCGACGGACGCCAGCAUUGCAAUUUGAUGCACAAUAGAAAAGCUGUCAGCAUUGCAGUGCUUAUUUUAUUAACUUACUCUUGAAAUCCGAGUCAGAUAAUUAAAAUACUUUAAUACAUGAUUAAUCUUCAAAAGAAACCAUUAAUAGAGAAGAAGAGGCGUUUGUGUACUUAGAGGAAGUGAAAAUCUGAUGAUUCCUAAUAAAACAAGAAAAAUGUCUGCGACCUACAAUGAUAUGCCCUUCGGUGUGAAAACUAUAUUGAAGAUUUCACAAAAAUGCUGUCCUAGGACCCCAUUUCCCAGAUUUUUUCUUUUUGAAUCAUCGAUUUUGGUUCUCACAUAUCUCUCAUAUAUGUGCUAUCACAUGACAAGGAAGCCAAUUUCUGUUGUUAAAUCCGUCCUGCACACAAAUCAUACAAAUCCAGACAAUAGCACAACAGAAGGUGGCUAUGCGCCAUUCGAUGGACAUGAUGCUCAAACACUUUUUGGAGCGUUGGACUCCGCAUUCCUAUUUUCCUAUGCUGCCGCAAUGUUUGUGUCAGGUUUCGUUGCUGAACGUGUAUCACUUCGUUACUUUCUUGCUUUUGGAAUGAUGCUAUCGGGCAUAUUCUCGUAUCUCUUUGGAAUAGCCAAAACUUAUAACAUUCACAAUUUAUGGUAUUUCUUGAUAAUACAAGCCUGUGCCGGUAUUGUACAAACAACAGGUUGGCCUGGCGUAGUUACUGUUGUUGGGCGUUGGUUUGGCAAAUCAAAACGUGGACUCAUAUUCGGAAUCUGGAAUAGUCAUACCUCUAUAGGAAAUAUUCUGGGGUCUUUGAUUGCAGCAAAUUACGUUGAAAGUGAUUGGGCUAUGUCGUUUAUUGUUCCUGGUGUUAUAGCCGCAGUAUUGGGUUUUAUGAUAUUUUUGUUUCUCGUUGAUUCUCCUGAACAAGCUGGUUUUCAUCCAAGGCCAUCAAUUGAUGAACGAGUGUCAAAUUCAUCAGAUAUUGAAGAUGCUGUCGAUGAUUUUCGGGAUGCGGCUGGUAUCAACAAUUUACCAAACACAAUAAUAAAUGUGAAUUCUGAAGUGAAUUACCGCCCAACAGAAAGAACUCCUAUCCUGGAUAGAACGCAUUCUUCACCACAGGAUAGUCGGCCAAUCGGACUCAUCAGCGCACUUAGCAUACCUGGUGUCGUUGACUUUUCUUUAUGCUUAUUCUUUUCCAAGCUCGUAAGCUACACUUUUUUGUAUUGGCUCCCGCUAUACAUUCAAUCCUCAACUACAUUGGGUGCAAGUUUAAGCGCUGAUUUAUCAACGGUUUUCGAUGUCGGAGGUAUUAUUGGAGCAAUCACAGCAGGUUUAAUAUCCGACUAUACGGGAAUGUCAGCAACAACUUGUUCAAUUAUGCUAUUCCUAGCUUGCCCGGUCUUACUCUUGUACAAUCACUAUGGAACUGUUUCAUUGACGAUCAGUAUUGGACUAUUGUUCUUAGGGGGGAUUUUAGUUAAUGGGCCAUACGCUCUUAUUACAACAUCCGUAAGCGCCGAGUUAGGUCAGCAUAGUUCCUUAGAAGGCAAUGCAAAAGCCUUAGCUACAGUAACAGCUAUUAUAGAUGGCACAGGAUCAAUUGGUGCUGCUGUGGGCCCUCUGAUAGCAGGAAUGAUAUCUAGCCAAGGAUGGGAAUAUGUUUUUUAUAUGCUUAUAUUCUCAAAUGUAAUUGCAAUGUCUAUGCUAACAAGAUUGGUUUACAAGGAAUUAUCAAGGGUAAAAAGAAAUACACGGCGAGAGUAAUACAUAAGUCCUAAAUAAAGCCUCUUUGUUAUAUUUAUACAUAGAUAGUGAUAUUUUUCAUAUAUAAAAUAUAUGUUUAAAUGUAUUGCUUAGAAAUUAAAAACAAAUUUUUCUGCUUAUAUGUUUACUUAGCCAAAAUUAGUUUAAUUAUUUUUUAUCGGAACCAACGAGUUAAAUAAUAUUAAGACUACCAACUUUUGUCUACAAGUUUUGCUACAUUAUUGAUACCUUUUUGUAAUCUAAUAAGCACACUUUUGUUAGAAUAUACUUUAAUGUAAAUAAACACUUUUAUACUA